CGGCGAUCCGUGGAUCACUUGUCCGCCUACCACACGCGAUGCCCUUCAGGACAUGCCAUUCGUUCGACAGUGGGAAAUCAUUCGUUUCGUCAGUCCGUACGGGCCGCUUGAGUGGCGCGACAUCGAACCUGCGCUUCCAGAAUGCCAAUCCUUGUCUAAUGCGGAUGACCUUUUUCUGAUUUUGGAACGACUUGCGAAACGACUCGCUUUGCAGAAAGGUGCUAAUGGCACUAACAAAAGAAGCAAAGUGAAAAAGGUGCCCAAUAGGGGUUCAAAUACAAACGUCGCAGCCAGGUGAGAUUGUGGUUUACGCCGUUGUUGUUGAGCUGGAUUCGGAAGCGAUGAGCGCGCUGGAAAGUGCGGGCGUGAAGAAUCCACCCGCCUGCACACGGAUUCGCCUGAUGCCACCCGCCACUAUGCUCGGCCAUCGUGCCGCACGAAAGUUCGGCGCCGACCGCUUCCUGACCGUCAAAUUCGCCGACCUCUCGCAAGUGCAUCUGGUACGCGGUAUGCGUUAUGACCAGAGACGCUUGCAUGUCCUAGGAAGGGUUUGGGAGCUUGUGCAGGAAAAGGACGAGCUUACUGCGCGGUUCUUCGCCACGGGGUCCUAUGCGGACGAGAAUGAGAUGGGGACUCCAGCUCCGAUGAUUGAGCCGGUAUCGGUGGAUGACUUUGUGAGAUGGCACAUUCCCAUGAUUCCUGAGAACAUGGAUAUUAAGUGGGCCAAGAUCGCCGCUCGUCUGGAUCUGGCGUUUUCGGGAACCAUGUCUGGUAUUUACAUCGAGGAUCAUCACGUCAUUCCGGACAUUCGAUCGUCGGAUGGGCCCGGGGAUGAUGUCUCGCAUGUAAUGACGGACGGCUGCGGUCUGAUAUCUUAUGCGGCCAUGUGCAGGUUGCGCGCCCAUAUGGGCUGGAGUGAGCUCCCAUGUGCGAUCCAAGGCCGUUUCGGCUCCUGCAAGGGCGUCUGGGUCAUCGACCCAAAGUCUUUCGGAUCCACCGACCUGUACCUCAGAAGCCGCGAGAGUAUGCGUAAGUUCCAUCUCCCCACCCCCACCCCGGAAUCAGAGAUCCCCUUCCACUCCACGCUGGAAAUCAUCCGACCAUCCCGGCCGAUGCCCGGUCUCCUCAACAAGCAGAUCAUACCCAUCCUCCAUUGCGGCCGUGUGCCCGUACAGACGUUUAUCCAUUUGCUUGAUGAGAUGCUGGUUCGUGUGAAAGAUCGGUUAGAUCAUCCAGAUCCGAUCAUGGUGCGAAAGGAGUUGGAGGGCAGUGGGAGUGUAUUCAUGACCAGGUUUGGCUUGGAGAAGCGGAGGGAUAGCAAGGAACGGGAGGCUGGAGAGGAGGAGAGAAGGACAAGGAAUGAAGAGGAUCGGAACUUUUUCGAAAGGUGCAUCAAGAUGAUCGCAGCUGGCUUUCUGCCCAAGGAAAACGCCUACUUAUGCCAUAGCAUCAACGGCGUGUUCAACAUGCUAUGCAAACAACUGCUUAGCAAAUUCAACAUCGCCGUCCCGAAAUCCCGCCGCAUCCUCAUGGUCCCAGAUCCCACCGAAACCCUCCAUCCCGGCCAAAUUUUCCUGCACCUCCCAGAUGAGCGCGACGAGGAGACCGGCGCCCGACUCGGCGUCCUCGCCGGCCCGGUGCUCGUCACGCGAAACCCGGCCUAUUUGCCAACCGAUGUUCAGAAGGUUACCAUGGUAGACGCCCCGAUGCUGCACCGAUAUGAGAAUGUCGUGGUUUUUCCCGUGACUGGUGACGGACGCUCGUUAGCGAGUUUCCUGGGAGGGGGCGACUACGAUGGCGACGACUGCAUGGUUAUCUGGGACACGAACCUUGUGGAGCCUUUUAUCAAUUCGUUGGAAGAGGAGCCGGAAGGGGAAAGUGUUAGUGCCGUUUUCAAGCAAGAUACGAGGACUGUUGGGGAUGUUCUUUGCUCAGAGCCAGCAAGGCUUCUUGGAAGUCCUUGUCGGAACACUGCGUAUCCAUCCCGCUCGCCACAUAUCGCAGCGGGAGCCAUAGCAGAUGAAUUGUUUGAGCGCUUCUGCAAGUCCUCCACUGGCGAUCUCGUGGGUGUCUAUAGUAACCGCCACGCCUACACGGCUGAUGGAAAAGGCGUCGAUCACCCAGAUUCCAUAUGGCUUGCUAAAAUCUGCGCCGAAUUGCUGGAUGCGAGGAAGGCUGGAAAAGCUGGUAAGCGAAAAACAGCAUCCAUUACUUCGUAGCAGGCCGCCCAAGCCAGAGUGGGCACGCGCUGAGGAGGAGGACGCCGAUGAGGGAUCAGCCGAGUGGAAAGCCGCAUCCUCGCGCUCGGCUUUGACCAUGAUCUACAACCACAUGUCGAAGCAGAAGGAUAAGUGGAAAACGCUGGGAAAUUCCGAAGUUGAGCAUGUUCGCAGGGAGCAUCCGGAAGAUGCAGACUUGCGAGCGCCGUGGAGCCGUGAAGACAGCCGGCAAGGACUUACCAAGUCCACUGAGGACGUCACGCUGAGAAUCCACAAGGCGAAAGCGGCCAUGCAAGAGAUAUUGUCUGACUACGAAUCGGAAUGUUGCCUAAUCAC